AUGUCGGGCGUGCGGGAAAUUCCGGCGGAGGACAGCAUCAAGGUGGUGUGCCGGUUCCGGCCCCUCAACGACAGCGAGGAGCUCGCCGGAUCGAAGUUCGUCGUGAAAUUUCCUUCCGGUCCGGAGGAAAAUUGUCUCUCGAUUGGGGGCAAAGUGUACCUCUUCGAUAAAGUGUUCAAACCGAACGCAACACAAGAGAAGGUGUACAAUGAGGCGGCAAAGUCGAUCGUCUCGGACGUCCUGGCCGGCUACAACGGCACGAUCUUCGCCUACGGUCAAACGUCCUCCGGUAAAACGCACACGAUGGAGGGCGUAAUCGGUGACCCGGCCAAGCAGGGCAUCAUACCGCGCAUCGUGAACGACAUCUUCAACCACAUCUACACGAUGGAGAUGAACAUCGAGUUCCACAUCAAGGUGUCGUACUACGAGAUCUACAUGGACAAGAUCCGCGAUCUGCUGGACGUGUCGAAGGUGAACCUGAGCGUGCACGAGGACAAGAACCGGGUGCCGUACGUAAAGGGUGCAUCGGAGCGGUUCGUCUCCAGCCCGGAGGAGGUGUUCGAGGUGAUCGAGGAGGGCAAAUCGAACCGGCACAUCGCUGUGACCAACAUGAACGAGCACUCGUCCCGUUCGCACUCGGUCUUUCUGAUCAACGUGAAGCAGGAGAACAUGGAGAACGAGAAGAAGCUGUCCGGCAAGCUGUACCUGGUCGAUCUGGCCGGUUCCGAGAAGGUGUCGAAGACGGGCGCCGAAGGUACGGUGCUGGAUGAGGCGAAGAACAUCAACAAAUCGCUGUCGGCGCUGGGCAACGUGAUCUCCGCCCUGGCCGACGGUAACAAGACACACAUCCCGUACCGUGACUCCAAGCUGACGCGUAUCCUGCAGGAAUCGCUCGGUGGUAACGCGCGCACCACCAUCGUCAUCUGCUGCUCGCCUGCAAGCUUCAACGAGUCGGAAACGAAGUCGACACUUGAUUUCGGUCGCAGAGCGAAGACGGUCAAGAACGUGGUAUGCGUGAACGAAGAGCUAACGGCUGAGGAGUGGAAACGGCGAUACGAGCGAGAGAAGGACAAGAACACCAAGCUGAAGGGAAAGAUCGAAAAGCUGGAAGCGGAAUUGGCCCGAUGGCGUGCAGGCGAAACGGUCAACGUCGAGGAGCAGCUCGAUUUGCAGCAGGACGCGAUGGAGGCAAGCACACCGAACGUGGAGGUGUUGCUGGCCCAGCCGGCUGAUCUGCCUGUUCCGGCGACACCGGGCGGUGGAGGCUUGCCGUUGUCGGCCGAGCGGGACACGCUCGAGGUCGAGCGGGAACGCUUGUACCAGCAGCUGGACGAAAAGGACGAGGAGAUCAACCAGCAGUCGCAGUACGUGGAGAAGCUGAAGGAGCAGAUCAUCGAUCAGGAGGAGCUGAUCGCGAACACGCGCCGCGACUACGAGAACCUGCAGUCGGAGAUGACUCGCAUCCAGCAGGAGAACGAGAACGCGAAGGAGGAGGUUAAGGAGGUGCUGCAGGCGCUCGAGGAGCUCGCAGUCAACUACGACCAAAAGUCGCAGGAGAUCGAACUGAAGAACAAGGAGAUCGAUACGGUGAACGACGAGCUGCUGCAAAAGCAGACGGCGCUGAACAGCGUCCAGUCGGAGCUGCAGCAGUUGAAGGAUAUGUCGUCGCAUCAGAAGAAGCGCAUCAACGAGAUGCUGACGAACCUGCUGCGCGAUCUGUCAGAGGUUGGGCAGGCGCUGGCAGCCGACCAAAACGAGAUGAAGAUGAACGUGGAGGCGACGGCCGGCAAGGUUGAGGAAGAGUUCACCGUCGCCCGGCUGUACAUCAGCAAGAUGAAGUCGGAGGCCAAGAACCUGUCGGCUCGGUGCGCCAACCUCGAGACGCUCCAGCAGGACACCUGCCGGAAGGCGGGCGAUUACGAGAAGAAGUUGAGCGAAUGUCAGCUGCUGAUCUCGCAGCACGAGGCUCGCAUGAAGUCACUGCAGGAGUCGAUGCGUGAGGCCGAGAACAAGAAGCGUACGCUGGAGGAGAACAUCGACGCAUUGCGGGAGGAAUGCGCCAAGUUGAAGGCGGCCGAACAGGUGUCGGCGGUGAAUGCGGAGGAGAAGCAGCGUGCCGAUCAGCUGCGGGUUGCGUUCGAGAGUCAGAUGGAUCAGCUGCGGGAUGUCCACACCAAGCAGGUGUCGGCACUUCGGGACGAGAUCUCCGAGAAGCAGGAGCUGAUCAACGAACUGAAGGAUACGAACCAAAAGCUGACCCUUGCCCACCAGCAGAUGACGGCCGAUUACGAGAAGCUGAAGCAGGAGGAGCAAGAGAAGUCAUCCAAGUUGCAGACGCUAAUGCUUACCGACGAAAGACGCGAGCAGGCACGCAAGGAUCUCAAGGGAUUGGAAGACACGGUAGCGAAGGAGCUCCAAUCGCUACACGCUCUUCGCAAGCUGUUCGUUCUGGAUCUGCAGGCGCGCAUCAAGAAGUCGCUAAACUCGGAGGACACCGAGGACGACGGUGGUUCGCUGGCGCAAAAGCAGAAGAUAUCGUUCCUCGAGAACAACCUCGAGCAGUUGACGAAGGUCCACAAGCAGCUCGUGCGGGAUAACGCGGAUCUGCGGUGCGAGCUGCCGAAGCUCGAGAAGCGCCUCCGGACGACGGUUGAGCGCGUGAAGGCCCUCGAGACGGCGCUGAAGGAAGCGAAGGAGGGUGCGAUGCGCGACCGGAAGCGCUACCAGUACGAGGUGGACCGCAUCAAGGAGGCCGUUCGCCAGAAGAACCUGGCCCGUCGCGGACCGCAAGCACAAAUCGCUAAGCCAAUUCGGGCCGGACAGGGACAAUAUUUGUUCAAGAGCGGUGGUACGGGAGCGGGCAAUGCGGCCCCUGGUGGCGGAACCGCUAUCACCCCCAAGGCAAUGUCGGACGAAAAGCGAAAGUCCCAGAUUAAGGAUAUGGAUAGUUGAAUUCACUGGCCAGUCACGGUCGCUCCGUCUGCAUUGCGGGAGGAUGACUCCCAGUAGCUAAGGGAAAAAACGGCUAGAGUUGAGCACGCGCAGGUUUUACACAACACGGCAAACCGGAAAAGCGCCCGACAGGCGGCGGACAAGUAGUUUGGUGGUGUAGGCUGAUAGAGGAGGGAGAUGCAUGCUGGACUGGUGUGACCUAGAGGGAAGGGAGGAGAGAUGAAUAGAAAGAGUAAAGGGCAAUGGUUGCAACACGUGAACUGAAUUCGAAACGAGAUUCCAGGGCUAAAUCGAAAUCCGAAUGAGUAGAAAGGGUUGGUGACAUUUUCCACCUUUGCGAGCAAAAAUUGCGCUUCAUGCUGAUGGUUGAUUCUCUUGGUUGCUACCUACUUUACUUACGACUUCUUUCCACCUCAAGUUCGGCGCUGCUCUCAACUGUUGCAGGAGAAUUGUAAAGAAACAACUACUAUUACUAUAUUAUUAUAAUUAUUAUACUUAUGAUUAUUAUUAUUAUUAUAUUCUUAAAUUAAUUCAUAUCGUAUCGUUCGCGUAAGUGAGCAGGGCUGAGCACACUUGGAGCAAUCAUCAUACAACUGCUGUAAGGGCAGCGCCGAAUAAACGAGGACGUGAAUCAAUUGCUAAUGGAACAAUGAAACCAAGUUGAGGUAGAAGAUAGGCUGCGCUCUUCACUUAACGAUUAAGGUAGCAGAAAUAGCUAACAAGGCUGCUGCUCGCGGCAUCUGUUUCUAAUAUCCGUUAUCAACUCUUUUUGACUUCUGUUUUAGAUGGUGCGUUCUGUCAGUAAUGUGUGGUAAAGUGAGAAGAAUCAGAAAAUAGAAAGAGAGAGAGCGUGCAAUUGUAAUUGUAAAGCAGAUUUGGUGCAAGCAGGAAUGGAGUUACUAGAGUAGACUAAUAGCGAAACAAAUUUUUCAAUUAUACAGUGGUAGAAGAACGUCUCCCUCUGGUCCUCUUGUCAUGCGCCAACCGGUUUGGGCGGUGUUAUGGAACGCCUGUAUUGCGGUAUCUACUGCUAAGGAUCUAAGAAUAUCCAUCUAAAGCCCUUUCUCUCCCUCCUCCAAGUAUUUUCCUGCUCCAUAGCCCUGCUCAUGGGUGCCAGCUAAGUGUGCUAUCUUACCGGUCGGUGUAUUGUCGCUUCAACACAUACACACAUUGCAAAACAACAAAAAUUAACGCCAAGGGCUUAUGAUUUUUCCGCUGCAUCGCAAGCGAGUAUGCAAACGAAUCAAACGAGCACACAUACAUUUGCAAGUCCGGAUCUCCAGGAUAUUGACCCAGAAAGGACAGGAAAAACGGGCUCCCUCGCCUACGCAAACACACACGUCAUAUAAUCAUGCUUGCGGCAGCGUAGUAGUUUAGGUCUGAGGGGACGUCGCUGUCGGCUGGAUAAAUUGCGCUUACUAAAAACAACCCUUACUCUACCAAGCAAACGUAUGUAGACCCACAAACCAGUGUAACCCCUCUACUUACGGACAAAAUUACUGCUUAUUUUAGUGAUCAGCAAAAAUACAAAAUGAUGAUAAAAGUACUCCCGCCUGUGCAUUGCCGGCCGGG